AUGUUCGCGCUUCUCGUCAACACCGUCUUGGUCUCCCCUGCCGCCCCAAGGCUCCACUCCUCGCGGCCCACCACGGCACGGCGAGCAAGCGCUCGCCACCGGUGUCGAGACGAAGCAUCCGGCGGCGGCGGCGACAGUGGCUACAGGCUGGGGGGCGUCCGCGGCUCGUGGGCGUCGGACUACGGCCUGUACGAGCUGCUGGGCGUGGAGCGGUCGUCGCCGCAGUCAGAGAUCAAGGCGGCGUACCGGUCGCUGCAGAAGUGGUUUCACCCGGACGUAGCCGGCGCCGCGUGCGGGCACGACAUGGUCGUCGUCCUCAUCGAGGUGUACGCGCUGCUCUCCGACCCGGCUGCGCGCCUCGCCUACGACCAGGAGCAGGCGCCCCGCUCCGAGUUUGCCGGCUACAUGAGCCGCCCGCUCUACUCCUCUUGGCUUGGCCCCGAGUCCGUCUAUGACCGCGCCCGCGCCGUCGCGCAGUGGGCUGACGACGAGGACAGGAUCAUCAACGCCAUCAACACCUGCCCCGUCGACUGCAUCUCGUACGUAAUUUAUUUAUUUAAGAAUUAA